AUGAAUUGGGCAGGCCUCUACACAGUGGUGAGCGGCGUGAACCGCCAUUCCACUGCCAUCGGGCGCAUCUGGCUUUCUGUCAUCUUCAUCUUCAGGAUCAUGGUGCUGGUGGUAGCAGCUGAGAGUGUCUGGGGGGAUGAGAAAUCUGCCUUCACUUGCAACACACAGCAGCCAGGCUGCAACAGCGUCUGCUACGACCACUUCUUCCCCAUCUCCCACGUGCGCCUGUGGGCCCUGCAGCUGAUCCUGGUCACCACACCCGCCCUGCUAGUGGCCAUGCACGUGGCCUACCAGCAGCACCAGGAGAAGAAGCUGCUGGUGCUGACGGGGCACGGCGACACCAAGCACCUGGAGGAGGUGAAGAAGCACAAGAUGCGCAUCUCGGGCUCCCUGUGGUGGACGUACAUCUGCAGCGUGAUAUUCCGACUCCUCUUCGAGGCCGUCUUCAUGUACAUCUUCUACAUGAUCUACCCUGGCUACCAGAUGAUCCGGCUGGUCAAGUGCGAGGCCUACCCAUGCCCCAACACCGUCGACUGCUUCAUCUCCCGGCCCACCGAGAAGACCAUCUUCACUGUCUUCAUGCUGGCCACCUCGGGCAUCUGCAUCAUCCUCAACAUGGCUGAGCUGGUGUACCUGGUGGUGCGGGCCUGUGCCCGCCGGGCCCAGCGGGACUCCAACCCCACAUCGGGGAAGAGCUCCUUGUACGGCCACAAGCUCUCCACCGAGUACAAGCAGAACGAGAUCAACCAGCUGCUGACGGAGCAGGACGGCUCCCUCAAGGACAUGCUGCGCCGCAACCCGGGGCUGCAGGAGAAGAGCGAUCGCUGCUCCGCCUGCUAG